CUCUCUCUCUACCCGCCGUCACCCAGCGCGGUACCGAUGUCUGGUGAAACCCGGAGCCGCCGUCAGGAAGAAUGAUCUGCCUGAUCAGCGAGGAGACACACAUAUUUUAAAAAACACACGAAAAGAACAAAACGGAUUUUUGAGACAGAGUGGAAAGAGACCAACUCCGUGAGAAUAUCGCGUUCAGUCUAAGUGUGAGCCUUGGACUCCCCCCACUCAGUGAUGUAAAACGUGAAGGUGGAUUUUGGCAUGUGGAGGAGCAGGUAAAAAGGGCUUGUUCGUGAUGGUGCUCUGUAUGUACAAGAAGCUGUGCCAUGACAGGGGGCAACGUGGGUAAAAGAGACAUGCGACACCCAGCCCUGCACCAGUGCCAUCUCUUCCUGGGCGGGGCCUUGCUGCUUCUCCUGGCCAGCUUGGCUCGGAGCUGCCCUGCACGAUGUGAGUGCUCUGCGCAAAGCAAGUCGGUUAGUUGCCAUCGCAAGCGCCUGCCCACCAUCCCCGAAGGAAUCCCUAUUGAGACACGUGUCCUGGACCUUAGUAAGAACAAGCUGCGCAUCAUUACGCCAGACAACUUCUCUUCAUUCCUUCAGCUGGAGGACCUGGAUCUCAGCGACAACCUCAUCAGUGUGGUCGAGCCCGGCUCAUUCCGCUCUCAGCUUGCUCUCCGCUCACUCAACUUUCGCAGUAACUUGUUGCAGCUGGUUCCUGCUGGUGUGCUGUCAGGCCUGACCAAUCUCUCCCGCCUCGACCUCAGCCACAACCGGUUGGUGGUUCUCUUGGAUCAUGCCUUCCAAGACCUGCGCAGGUUGACGUCCCUGGAGGUCGGUGACAAUGAGUUAGUUUUCGUUUCUCAGCGGGCCUUUACAGGAUUACUUGGACUCCAAAGUCUUACCCUGGAACGUUCAAAUCUCACAGUAGUUCCUACUGACGCUCUAGGACAUCUCCCUAGCCUGGUUGAACUGCACUUGCGCUACCUGAGCAUUGGUUUUCUAAAGCCUUUUUCUUUUAAGAGGUUAUCACGACUCCGCCUACUAGAGAUUGAUUACUGGCCCUGGUUGGACACACUGCCUCCCCUCUCUCUGCAUGGUCUCAACCUCACAACAUUGUUCAUAACCAACACUAACCUGUCUGCCUUCCCUGGAGCCGCACUGCACAACCUGCACUACCUCACACAUCUCAACUUGUCCUACUGCCGCAUCCAGCACAUCCAUCAGGGAGAGCUGGGCCAACUCUCACACCUGGUAGAGCUUCGGCUGCAGGGAUCUCAUUUGAUUUCUAUUGAGCCUUUUGCAUUUUUAGGCCUCAAAUCUUUGCAACUACUGGAUGUGUCAGACAACCACCUGGACUCUCUGGAGAGAGGAGUGUUCGCCUCGACAGACAGCCUCCAGAGGCUCUGUCUGGGUGGAAACCCAUUAGUGUGCGACUGUAGAUUGCUUUGGCUGCUCAACAGCCACAAGCCCCCCUCUCUGCAGAUUCUGGAUGUCCAGCCUGAGUGCAGUGCCCCCCAGCACCUCUUGGGAAGAUCUCUUCGUGACCUCAAGGAGCCUCUGGUCUCCCGAUACAUGACCUGCACCAAACCACGGAUUGGACCCAACACGACCCAGCUGCUGAUGACUGAUGAGGGUCAACCUGCCCGCCUGAGCUGCUUGGCAGAAGGAGCACCUCGGCCCUCAGUGGUCUGGAUUACACCUCACAGACGCUACAUCACAACCAAGAGCAGUGGUAGGGUGGAAGUUCAGUCAGAUGGUACCCUUGAGAUCAAGACAGCAGAGCUGCAUGACAGCGGUGUGUAUUUGUGUAUUGCAAGUAACCCUGCUGGCAACGCGAGCCUGUCUGCCUCUUUAGCUGUUAAGAGUCUGGGUAUUGGGGACAGAUCUCACUAUAGCAACAGGAGCUCAAACUAUCUGACAGACUCUAACAGCACAUGGGGGAAUGGGACAGUACUGUACAACAUGACAGUCCCUAUAGACAUUAAGACUAUCAUUAUAUCUACAGCUAUGGGCUGCCUGUCUUUCCUGGGUGUGGUAAUCUUUUGUUUCCUGCUUCUGUUCGCCUGGAGUCGAGGGAAAGGACGCCAUAAGAGCAACUUUGAUAUUGAGUAUGUCCCUCGCAAAUCCAAUGGGGCAUCAGCAGAGGUGUCUGAAUCAAGUGGCCCGAGACGGGUAAACAUGAAAAUGAUAUGAAAAAUAUUAAGACUAAAACACAUGGUUGCAAGUCAACAAGAAAAUUGUCCACAUAUCACAUGAAAAAAAAAAAAACUUUUUUUUUUCUAUGAGAGUGGAUUUGUGACAAACGAAAGUGAUGUACCAAUAUAGUGGGUGUCAAAAUGACAGUGAUCUAGUGAUAAAGUGGGCAUGUGAAUAUAGAAGUGAUAUAUGAAACAGUGGACGUGUUUAUAUGAAAUAAUGUUCUCAUACAGUACUUUGAAUAUAAAACUAUAACCAACAUAUCAAUAUGGGAGUGAUAUAGUGCUACACUAGGCAUGUGUUUCAGUGAUGUGAUGAGUAAUGAUGUUGUCGACUCACCGUAACAUCAAGGUGAAAGAGAGAGAGAGCCGCUGGGAGUGAUAGGGAUCUUUGUGUGGCAGUAGAGCUAUCAUCGCUGCAACAUGUCAGGACUAAAUUGUGUAAUACCCAUAUUAGCUGCAGUAUGAAAGGUGUGUGUUGUGUUCAUGUGUGCAGAAGUGUGUGUAUGUGUGAGUGCAUCAGUGUGCGCAUGUUGCAUUUGUGCGUUUCUUUGUGCAUGUGCACGCAUUGCCUUUGUUGUUGGAUGGAACAAUUAAAACGAAUGAAAGGGUCCAAGGCUUUUUUCAGGCCUCUGUUCCAUCAUUCUAACGACAGUAUUGUCACUGUUGUGAAAAAAAAAAAACUGAGGAUUAUCUAUGUUUGUAUGCAAAAUCACAAUUAUGAUAUUCAAGAGAAAUGCUGCAUACAUUUUAAAAUAAGUCAUUAUCCCCCUUUGAAUAACUCCAGCAGUAGAUGGGGAUUUCUUUUUUUUAUCUUAAUGAAAAGACCCACAGUGGUUACAAUGUGAAUUAAGAGCUUUGUCUUUACCAAAGAGCUCACUUUCCUGCAACACUAGAUGCUUUUCCUGAAAAAAAAAAAAGCAGUUGUCAGUUGUGUUAUUACUCUGAAAAAGCUGUUAGCUAUAGAAAUGGCAUGUUGAACCCAUUUUAUAGCACAAUAAAUCAUGGGCAGAUUUUCUUGCAAGACAAAUCCCUUGAUAUGAUAAAAGAGUCUGUGGCCAGAAACAACAGCAAAGAUUUACUGGCCGAUACCCUCUUUGGGACAAGACAAAGUUGAGCUUCACAGAUUUAUGGGUUGAAUUUCCCCCUCCUCUCUCAUUUUUCUUUGAUCGCACCACUUCAAAGCUAGUGUGUCCGUAUUCUUCCCUGGGGCACUGGGUAUUUAAUAGAUGGCAAAUUUGAAAGUUGUAGUGGAAUCUUGUAUUGUUUGGUUUUUUGUUGAAAAUGUUUUAAAUGUUUAGAAAAAAAAUGUAAAACAAUUAAGGGCAAUUCUUUGUAAUGCAGGGAUGUGGGUUGUAACUUGUGUGAUCAUGUUGUGAUAAAAUGUUAAAAGGUUGUAAAUUGUUUUCUUAUGACAAAUUCAUGGGUAUAUUUUCAAAAGGAAAUAAAUCUUAAUCGUACCCCUCAAAUUGAUGUAAGUAGUUUAAAUUGAUGAAAAUGACACGGAUUGAGCAGAUUUCCUUUUAUUACCUUCCCUUUCAGUUUUUUUUUUGUUACAAUUAUAAAAACACUUAUUCUGUAACCCAUGAUCUUUCUCUGUCAAGGCAAAGGCAGUCCAUUGUGUAAAGGAUUGAUCAAACACUUAUAGCCCGAUGAGGAUAUCCAGGAUGAACUACAAUAUGUUCAGAAUUUUAAACAAGUGAAUAUUUGUAAUGAAAUGUCUCAAUAACUAUUGGCUGUAAUCAACCCCAAAGUUCACUACAUUUCAUCUGCUAUGGUGAAGCCCUGAAAAGGCAGCUUUAUUAUAUAUAUUUCAUAAUCUGAGACAAGUGCUUUAAUAAUAGUAAUUUAACACAAAAUAAAAUACAUACAAAUGAACACUUAAAACACCGGUUAAAUGGAAAUUGCGUACUAUUAAGGAUAGUCAUUGGUGUAUAUAUGCUGAAAUUUUUAAUUAUUUUUUCAAGAAGAAAUAGGACAUCUUUCAUUGGCCCUACUUUGCAAUGCAAUGUUUUAAAGUAAGCCUAGAAUGGAUAAACCAAACACUCUUUCUGGAAAUGGCUUCCAUGUCUGUAUUAGUUUUGCAGCCGCUGUAGGGUUUCCUCUACAUUUUGGGAAGUCAAGUUACUUGUCUAACUAGAUGUCACUUUAUCAAAAACAGUUGUCCUUUAAUUACAAUAUAAAUUAUAUUACAAUGAUAUUUUAAUUUGUUGUAAUUUGAAUUCAUCUGAAGCCUCUAUUUAUGACCUUGUACCUGCAAAACUAAUUAUUUUCCAACAAGCCUCUGCUGUACUUUCUUUUAAGUUCCAAUUAACCACUGUCAACAUGAUUUCAAGCUACAAUAAAUUAAGGAAAUGGUUUACAUUGUUAAUGCUAAAAAUCAGCUUGUAAGGGGUUGCUAUCUUGAGCAUGUUAGUAUACGCAAAUUAGCAUCUCCUCUGGCUCGAGUCACCGCCAUGCCAUGAUGAGAUGCAGUUGUGGAUCAAUAAUUAUAAUAUAGAAUGCCUUUCAUCUAUUAUAAUAUAUGUGAGAUCGUCGUCAUCAAGUAACACAGUCAUGGCAGUGCUGACAAAAAAAAAUCUGGAAUAUGUUUCCAUAUUCAAGCUGCAGCAGGUUGCCGCCCUGGGAUGUGAUUGUGCACCACACAUUCCCCAGGUGGGAAUUGGAAAACUGCGACUCUGUGCAUCUUUUUGCUGUUCACACUAAUCAGAAAACAUCCAAACUGGGGCAGAUGAAGGAAAUCAGAAUUGGGGCACUUUGAGCAACAGGGUGUAUAUAUCCAACAUUGCCUGUGAGGAAAACAAAACAAAACAUACCACUUAACAUGACCUGACACCCAUUAAAUGUGCAAACCAGCAUGUCUUACCUGUGGUAAUAUCAGCACACUCUCAUCCAGACCAAAUGCUUCAUUUAUAAAGAGUUCUUAAAUGCUGCCUUCUUCACUGCCUCACCUGACAAUCUGAUAAAAGCAAAUGCUCAUUUGGCAUUCUGCCCUAUCACAAAGUUUCUUUUAUCUGACAGCAUUUGAUGCUAUCAUGCUAAUGGUAAAACGACUUUCUUUCUUUUGAACGUGUACGCUCACAGGGAAUAUUCAGGCUGCUGCUGUGGCGUUAUGAGGACGAGAUCAAAGCCCUUCCAAUAGGCUUUUAUUAUUUUUGUUGCAGUUUCCCUUUUACUGCAAGAGUGCUGUAAACAAUGGAGAGAAAAUGUAAUAAUUCUAUUACUGUCUUGUUCCCUCACAUUAUAUCUCUCAUAGAUGGGGGAUUUCUGAAUCAGUUAUUAAACGACUCGUGCUUUCCAAA